GGAGCGGGAGGAGGCGGAGGAUGUUCCCGGCGGCUGCGGCCGGGGCAGCGCGGACCAGAGACGCGGCGUGCGGAGCCUUCAGCUGCCCGGCGGAGCGCGGCAGCGGACGGGCGGCGAGUUGCAGGCUCUCCGCUGCCCCGGGCGCUCCGACCGCGAGUCCCGGGCUUUGUCUCCCGGACCGCCUUCGUGUUGACGGUCAGGGGGCUCCGGGUCGGCGAAGGGCGCGGGCUGGGCGCCGCCGGGCCCCGGCCCGGACGCGACGCUCGGAAGGGAAGGGGCGAACAAAAAAAGACCAAAUGGCAAAGCAACCUUCCGAUGUAAGUUCUGAGUGUGACAGAGAAGGUGGACAAUUGCAGCCUGCCGAAAGGCCUCCUCAGCUCAGGCCUGGGGCCCCCAUCUCUCUACAGACAGAGCGGCAAGGUAAUCCCGAAGGAGAAGGGGACCGCUGCCCCCAAGGCAGCCCGCAGGGCCCACUGGCCCCACCGGCCAGUCCCGGCCCUUUCGCUACCAGAUCCCCGCUUUUCAUCUUCGUGAGAAGAUCUUCCCUGCUGUCUCGAUCCUCCAGUGGGUAUUUCUCUUUUGACACAGACAGGAGCCCGGCACCCAUGAGUUGUGACAAAUCAACACAAACCCCAAGUCCUCCUUGCCAGGCCUUCAACCAUUAUCUCAGUGCGAUGGCUUCCAUGAGGCAGUCUCAGGCUGUACCUGCAGAUAUGCGUCCGGAGAUAUGGAUUGCGCAAGAGUUGCGGCGUAUUGGAGACGAAUUUAAUGCAUAUUACCCAAGGAGGGUAAUGAUGUUUUCUUUACCCCCUUUCUCCCUCACACCCUACCUCUCCCUGCCAUUUAAAAAGAAAAGAAAAGAAAAGACUAGUAAUAAUCCUGUGCUUAUUCUGGAAAUGAGCGGUAUUACCUAUGUGUGACCUACCAUUCUUCCUCCUUUCCCAUUUUCCAUUUGUUUUAUGACUGAAUGUUAAGUGGUGGCCAUUAGACAAAAUCCAAGGCCGACCAAGGGGUGAUAGGAGCACAAACCUUAAACCCUCCAUGCUUGAAAAAAAAAAGGGAUUAUGUAUAUGCUUUGAAAUUUUCCCAUAUAAAUAUUAACAUAGUGUUCAAGCCAGAGAGGGAGUUUCAGCUCUCCCUGGAGGCAGUUUGGGUCAAAAGUAAAGAAAUUUUUAAAUUUCCAUCUUCACUCAGCCGAAGGGAACGAUGCCAGCUCUAAAGUAAAAGUCUGCCCCUGUGAUUUGCCAGGCAGUGAGUCAGAGCAGGGGGGCCUCUUGUGUCAUUCCAGCCCCCACUGCUGUCCUUAGUGUUCAUUUAUUGAAAUGUUAUUAGGAGGCCAAUAAUUCAUAGCCUGUAAUUUGGGGUAUAAAAAUUUUACACCUCAAAUUGAGUGCCACUGGGAUUUUUGAGGUGUGCUGUUGGGUAAAAAAAAAAAAAAAAAAAAA